AUGCGGCUACUGCAACGAGAUAACGCCAACAACUACACCCUCACGGCCGAUCUGCGCGCUGACGACAUCCCCCCCUACGCCAUCCUUUCCCACACCUGGGGCGCCGGCGAAGUCAUCUACAACGAUGUCAAAACGAGUUCAAAUGACUGGCAACAGAAAGCCGGCUACGAUAAGAUCAAAUUCUGCGCCGACCAGGCCAAGCGACAUGGCCUGCAGCAUUUCUGGGUAGAUACCUGUUGUAUCGACAAAUCUGACGCCGUCGAACUCCAGACGGCAAUCAACAGUAUGUUCAGGUGGUACCGUGGCGCGAAACGAUGCUACGUGUUCCUGUCCGACGUCUCCUGUCCCCCGACCUCCAGUCAGCAGCGGGGAGUGAUAUCGGGGGAGGCUGCGUUACGAGGCAGUAGGUGGUUCACGCGGGGCUGGACACUUCAAGCAAUAUGA